AUGCGUUCCUUGACCCUCGCCUUACGAGCUCGACCUCUAUUGUCUCCCCAGUGGGUUUGGACUGCCUCAAACUCAAGUCUGCCCCGUGCUCUCUCGCAGAUGCCCAAACGAAAGACGCCUGACGCGGAUGGCAAGCCGCAGAAUGGCCAGACCAGCAAGCGAAGCCGGGAGGAUCUACGGAAACCGCAUCCCAAUGCGAAGCAAACCGAAGAUUUUGGGAUUGUCUUGCGCGAAUUCUAUCCUCCGGAGAUGAGCAACGAGCGAUGCCAAGCCUAUAGCGACGGGACUAUCGAAAGACCCAUGGAACAGCUAGAGGCGGCGUGUCGCGACACGUCGGACAAACGUCGUGCGAUCGGCCCCGGGAAAGCGGUGGUCCAUUGGUUCAAGAAUGACUUGCGUCUCCAUGACAAUCGUGCGCUCCAUGCGGCCUCCCAGCUGGCGCGCGAUCACAAGAUUCCACUGAUCGGUCUCUACAUCCUAUCUCCGGAGGACUGGACCGCACAUUCCACCAGCCCGGCACGAGUCGAUUUUACUCUGCGCUCGUUGGAGCGGCUGCAAAGCGAUCUGGCAGAACUCGAUAUACCCCUUUACAUGGAGACCCAGGAGAAACGAAAAGCCAUUCCGGGUCGCAUCGUGGAAUUGUGCCAGCAGUGGGAGGCCAAGCACCUCUAUGCUAAUAUCGAGUACGAGGUAGAUGAAUUACGUCGUGAGGCGAAACUCGUCCGUCUCUGUGCUUCCAAGGAAAUUGACUUUGCUCUUUCCCACGACACUUGCGUCGUGACCCCCGGUUGCGUCAGCAGCCAACAGGGCAAACAGUAUGCGGUAUACACCCCGUGGUUCCGUUCCUGGCUCGCGUUUCUUAAAGAGAACCCGGAUUAUCUGGAGUUGUCUGAGGAGCCCGGAUCCAAUCCGGGUGAUGCGCGGAAGAAGCUAUCGGGGCUUUUUGACUGUAAGAUCCCGACUGCCCCUAGCAAUAAACAAUUGUCAGACGAGGAAAAGAAACGAUUUGAAAAAUCGUAUCCGGUGGGCGAGCACGAGGCCUCUCAACGACUGGACAAGUUCCUCGAGAAGAAAGGUCGCGAGUACGACAAGAUGCGCAGUAUGGUCUCGGGAGAGCACACCUCCAUUCUAAGUCCGUAUUUCGCGUCGGGGGUCCUGAGCGCCCGCACUGCUGUGGUGACCGCGAAGAAAGCGAAUCGAAACUUCUUGGACCGGGACAACAAUGGCUACAUGACCUGGAUCAGUGAGGUGGCCUGGCGCGAUUUCUACAAGCAUGUGCUGGUGAAUUGGCCGUUCAUCUGUAUGAAUAAAUGCUUCAAACCGGAACAUACUAAUAUCGAGUGGGAAUAUGACUUGGAUCUUUUCCAGGCCUGGUGUGAUGGCAAAACCGGGUUUCCCAUUGUCGAUGCGGCGAUGCGCCAGCUGAAGCACUCGGCCUGGAUGCACAACCGCACACGCAUGGUGGUCUCAUCCUUCUUGACCAAAGAUCUGCUGCUUGACUGGCGGCGAGGUGAGCGCUAUUUCAUGGAACAUCUCAUUGACGGGGACUUUGCCUCCAACCAUGGAGGCUGGGGCUUUGGUUCCAGCACGGGUGUGGAUCCGCAGCCCUAUUUUCGCGUCUUCAAUCCCCUUCGACAAAGUGAGCGAUUUGAUCCGGAUGGAGAAUAUAUCCGCCACUGGGUGCCGGAGCUGCGCGACAUCAAGGGCAAUGCUAUCCACGAGCCCUAUAAACGGGGAGCCGGUCCGAUCGCAAAGAAAAAUGGAUACCCCGAGCCGAUCGUCGAGCACUCGGAGAUGCGGAAUCAAGCACUAGAGCGUUUCAAGCGAGCUUUGCAAGGGUGA